AGUUACUUACAUUCUCUUUUUCUUAUUGCAGAUCAUCAAUGCCGUGGUACUGUUGAUUUUACUGAGUGCCCUGGCUGACCCGGAUCAGUAUCGCUUUUCAAGUUCUGAACUGGGCGGUGACUUUGAGUUCAUGGAUGAUGCCAACAUGUGCAUUGCCAUUGCGAUUUCUGUUCUCAUGAUUCUGAUAUGUGCCAUGGCUACUUACGGAGCAUACAAGCAACACGCAGCCUGGAUUAUCCCAUUCUUCUGUUACCAGAUCUUUGAUUUUGCCCUGAACACCUUGGUUGCAAUCACUGUGCUUGUUUAUCCAAACUCCAUUCAGGAAUACAUACGACAACUGCCUCCUAAUUUUCCCUACAGAGAUGAUGUCAUGUCAGUGAAUCCUACGUGUUUGGUCCUUAUUAUUCUUCUGUUUAUUAGCAUUAUCUUGACUUUCAAGGGUUACUUGGUUAGUUGUGUUUGGAACUGCUACCGAUACAUAAAUGGCAGGAACUCCUCCGAUGUCCUGGUUUACGUCACCAGCAAUGACAAUACGGUGCUGCUACCCCCGUAUGAUGAGGCCACUGGGAAUGGUGCUGCCAAGGAGCCGCCGCCACCUUACCUGUCUGGCUGAGCAGAGCUGAGGGCAGCAGCUUGACUUUUUUGACAUCUGAGCAGUAGUUCUAUUAUUUCACUUUGCGAUGAGCUCUCUGAGCUUGUUUGUUGCUGAAAUGCUACUUUUAAAAAUUUAGGGCCGGGCGCGGUGGCUCACACCUGUAAUCCCAGCACUUUGGGAGGCUGAGGCGGGUGGAUCACGAGGUCAAGAGAUCGAAACCAUCCUGGACAACAUGAUGAAACCCCGUCUCUACUAAAAAUACAAAAAAUUAGCUGGGCAUGGUGGUGCGUGCCUGUAAUUCCAGCUACUCAGGAGGCUGAGGCAGGAGAAUUGCCUGAACCCAGGAGGCGGAGGUUGAGGUGAGCUGAGAUUGCGCCAUUGCACUCCAGCCUGGGUAACAAGAGCAAAACUCCGUCUCAAAAAAAUAUAUAUAUAUAUAUAUUAGAUGUUAGGUUGAAACCUGUACUUUUCCGCAUAUGCUUUACUAGAACACUGUGAUAGAUGGGCUGUAGAAUUCUUUCUAUAGGAUUCGGAGUGUAAUGGGCUUCACUAACCUUCCCUAUGCACUGAAACUUCCCCCAAAUCUGAUGGGCCCAGAGUCAGAGAAGUUCGCUUUUGUACUUGCUGGGCUCCAAAGUUAGGCAAUUAGUCACACAUUUUCUCUCUACUCCCUCUAUUUUGAAAGUGUAAAAUAAAACCAAAAGUAGACAACUUUUUCUUAAGCCAUUCCAGUGCAGAGAACAAACCCUUAUGGAAGCAGGAAUGUCAAUUGCGUGAUCAUUGUUCUAAUUAGGUAAAUAGAAGUCCUUAUAUAUGUAUUACAAGAAUUUGCCCCCUAGCAUCACUUAUGACUUAAGUUCAAUGACGGUUUGCACUUGGUAGUAAAGGAUUUUUCUCCAUGGCCUAAAUUAAGACCAUUAGAAAGUGCUAGGCUGUGGGAGCAGUAACCAUCUGAUGACUGUCUUGUGCAUCCGGGUCCAGGGACAUGGGCAACGUGCCUCGUCUGUGUCAGAAGGUGGGAUGGGUGUGGUUGGUGCUGCAUGGGGUCUGGUGCUCCUCUCCUGGAUUCACAUCCCUACCCAGGGCCCGCUUUCACAAGUGUUCUGCCCUAUCCUGGUUCAAGGAGGUCAUCCAGCUGACUUUACCAAGCGGAAUUGGGAUAGAUUUGAUACAAAUUUGUCUGACGACAUGGAAAAGGGUUUUCCUCCUCCUUUCCCUCCAAGGUACAUUCUACUGCUUUGAACUUCCAAGUAUACUUAGUGACCUUUUAAAAUGUUAACGUUUUCAGAAAAAUGAAGGUUGCUUUCCUUGUAUGCGCUUAUUAUCUUGACUACCUGAACUGCAAGGGAUUUUUAUAUACUCAUAUGUUCCUAAGUCAGCAGCUCUCCCGUUGGUUCAUUAUUGAAUGUGCUAUAAAUGAAGUCUUUUGCAAUUAAAAAGAGGUUUGCCCACAUCCAA